AAACUUAUUAAAUAGAUAUUGCUUUGUGAAUGGAAAUAGACGUUUCAAAAUGAGCUUGCUUUUCAGCUGAUUUUUACCACCAAAAGUUCUUCAUAAAAAUAGUACUUAAAAUGGACUCGCUACUUUCGAAUGGGAGUUGUUUGGAGAAGGACGGAGGUGGACUGAAAGUGAGCAGUAGCGAUAAUGUUAACUGUGCAAGUUUGGAGGAGUCGUACUCUCUGUCUCUGUCAGAUGUGGAUAGUCUGCUGACGUCAUCAUCCAACACAGCAGAUGAACACUCACUUGACAGUCUCAAGUUCGAGGUCACGAGGCUGAGGAUAGCUCUGUCCCAAGAACAAAAUGAGAAGCUGAAGGCUGCCCAACAUGGACUGGAUCUGCUGGAGGAGAAGGAGAAUAUCUGCAAGAGCUACAAUAAUCUACAGAAGGAUUACGACCAGCUCAAAAAUGAACUCACCAUCACCCAACAAAGUCUUGACCAGAAGCUGCACAGUGAGAGGCAGAUCAGGGAGAUCAGUAGGGAGGAUGAGGAUGCGAUAGAGAGGGAGAAGGCAGAGAGGGAGAUUGCUCUAUCGGACACAGUCGCCCAGCUGAAGGUGGAGUUGAAGAAGAGUCAGGAGAGUGUGUACCAUCUGCAACAGGAAUUGGAACGACUAAGUGGUCGUGAGCGUGAGUUAUGUGAUACGUACAAGGGGUCUGAGAUGGAGAGGGUGGGGCUGAAGGGGUCUGUGAGGGACCUGAGGGAGAGGGAGAGGAAACUCAACCAGGACAUCCUCGGACUGGAGGAGGAGAAUGUGCAUCUGCAGCAACAAGUGUCGCAUUUGAGGAUGCGGCAGAUAGAGAAUGACAGACUGACCGGGGAGCGAGACAGGCUGGAGGAGAAGAGUGUGGAACUGAGUCGGGAGAACGAAGAGUUGGCCCAGAUGAAGGAGACGUUCAAGUCCUACUAUGAGAAGGCGAUUGAGGCGCUCAAUUCGGAGAAGGAGUUGAGGAAGAAGGUGGUGGUUGAACUGGAGAAGACGAAGCAGAUGCAGGCCAUACAAUAUGUCCCCUACCCGGACAGAACUGGAGGAGGUACUGAAAACUUCAGCUGUGAGGAGGACUCAAUGAAUUCUGACUUAGAGUCCCUUCUGAACAAUCAGAACAACUCAGACAGUCUGGAGGCGUCAGCGUCCAUGGGAGUGACCAGUCUGCAGGACGAGUUGAGACAGCUGGAUCCCAACAUAGGUGACAAAAUCGACCUGAACAGAUUCGGCAUGCUACCUGCAGACAUUGAACAGGACGAUGAUCUAACAUCAGCCGGAUCACCCUCCACACCUCGACACUCCAGAGUUCCCUCUUCUUCUCAGGGAUCCACACCCGACCAAUCGCCCCAGAAGUCAAUCAGAUCCCCACAACACACAUUAUCAGACGCCAAUCAGGAUCCACAUUCAAGACUCACUCAUCAACUCACAUCUUCCGGCGAAAGUAGAGACAUGUCUGGUAACGGUUACGAAGAAAUAGAAAUGUUGAGAAAGCGUAACCAGAUGCUAACCCAAGAGAUCAACCAACUCAGACAAUCACUGCUUAAUGGCGGAAUAUCAUCAGAAAAUAAGGAGAAGAAUUAUCAAGAAGAACAAGACGUAUCAUCACACUUCGAAAGUGCCUUGAAACAUGAGUUGGAAGGAGUGAAAACAAACCUGACACAGACUAAAGAAAAACUGAAAGAAUGCGAGCGUCGUCUUGGAGGCCUGGAAGACGAACACAGAGCAGUAGUCAGCUGUAGCUAUGCUACCCUGGACGAAGUGGCCCUGUUUUCAGAAGAGAUAUCUAGUCUGCAGCAUAUCAUAUCGCCACAACAGGAGGACGGAGACGCACGCACUCCUGUUGAUACAGAAGGCACGCCUAAACAGAGCCUAAAGCCAAAAGUGGACGAGUUAAUUCGAACUCUGCAAUCGGAGCAAUUCCGAGACAAGUCAAAGUUCGACACGGAGUUCCCAAUUGAGCUUAUCAGUCUAGUGCAAAAACAACUCCGAGAACUUAAAAGAUCUUGCCAACGAGCAGUCACAUCAUCAACGAAUAUAUCCACAGAGAAAGAAAUUAGAAAAGAAAUACUUACACAAGAGGCAAACGAAAAUUCGCUAAGCAAUGACACGUCUGAAACACAAACAGAUCUCGGACCGCAGGUUGAAAAACUGAAAUCAGAAUUGGCGAAAAAGCGAGAGCAGAUAACGUCGCUAAGAGCUGUUUUGAAAGCAAACAAGCAUACCGCCGAAGUAGCUCUGACAACGGUCAAAACCAGGUACGAGCAAGACAAGCAAUUGAUUGUGGAAAACGUGAGCAAACUCAAAAACGAACUGAACAAAUUGAAAAAUGAUUCUGCCACGUUUGCGUAUAUACGGACUAUGUUGGUUUCGCGAGUGGAUGCUCUAACUAAUCAGUUUGAAGCUAAGAAUAAAGAAUGCAGAGAUAUGAAUGAAAGCGUGAAAACACUUGAACAGAUUUUAAGAAUGGCAAUAAGUCAGAAAUUAGCUCUAACUGAACGUCUAAAAGCCUUGGAAAGUGGAGUUAGUCCAGACCAAUCAACGAGUUCUAAAAGUGCUAAUGGAUCUCAGAAAACUCCUACUCCUAGAGGUCAAAUGAGAGGCUUCUCUGCCUCCUCCAAUAACCCCAAGUCGCUCAUACCUCAAAGGUACGCGAAGAAUCCACGUGCUUCAGAUCAAAAUUAUUUGAAGAAGGCAUACUUACAAAAUAAAUAAAAUUGCACGAAAAGGUCAAAGUUCUGAGCUAAACUUGCCUGACUGUAAACGUAGGGGCAACAAGUUGUUCAGAAUUAAUGGACUUUUCUACAGCUAAGUUGCUUCCAAAUUGAGCCAAUGUAGCCGCGGAGCAGAUUUUAUUGUUCUAUUUCACGAUUUUGUUAGUGUUCAAAUUCUUACAUAGAUGCUUUCGUUGUAAAAUUCAAAUCUUAGAUUUACAAAUUUUGUUAAGUUUUCAAUAUUAAUUAACUUUGUAUUGAGAC